UUCAACGCAUGCAUGCUGAUGCCUUGUCCUCAAACAUCCAUCUCUGGUCUAGUUAUGUAGCCAGAUUGGGUCUUUUCCACUGGUCACUCAAGACGCUUCACCGUCGACAACGCAGACCCACAGAAGCAACGUCUGAGGAAGCUUGGGAUUCGAGUGACACAAGCGUGAUAGUGGUUUCAAUCCCCGUCCUCAUCCACGCCGCCCUCUAGGUGCAACGAGCCGCCACCCAUACACAAGUCAUUAUUCACCAAAUAUCAAGAGAAGGCAUUGACAUAUUGCCCGGGCCAGGACGAUCAGAGUGACGAAACGCUCAACCAUCCCACGAGAGUCCUGCCCCUAUCAUCGAACUGCUCGAUAUGUCUAUCCGAACCAUUCACCGGAGUCAGCUGGCUUCUCGAUCCUCUAAAAUCCCUCUAUCCCUGAAGCCAACUAUCGAUAGAGCAAGUCAUGGCCAUACCCUUCAGCUCCGCAUGCUGUGGUGGUGUCACCACACUCGUGACUGGCAGGCCAACCAUGAUGAAUACUUGGCCGAAGGCAUAAAAAGACACGAGAAGAUCAUGAGGCACAAAUACUCAAAAGCAUUGCGGAGAAGAGCUCUAUGGGAGAAUGACGAGGUCCCUCGGUGGUCAUGGCGUGUCACCAAAUACCUCGCAAGUAAGCACCAGGCCAAGCAAUCUCUAUCGACUUCACAGCAGGACAGAAAUCCACCCAGCCAACAUCAGGAACCUGCACCUGCACCUGCAAGCAAAGGGGAGAAUGAGUGGUUUAAGCCAAAAGACUUCGACUCUUUCAAAGCAUACUUCGAUCGACAAGUCGCCAGGCAUCCAUAUGGUGCUCUCUUUGGUAGGAAACUGCAUAGUCCUCCGUCAACCAACAACUCUUCUUGGACUUCCUUCUCUUGGAUUUUGACUCCAGGCCGUGGGGAUCAACAAAGUCCAGAAUCCGGACUACGAGAUAAUACACAACCGUCAGCUUCCAGGCCUAUUCAGCCGAGCACUUCGUCUUCGUCAUCUACUGCACCGGACAAGCGUCCCAUUCCUGCUACGACAGUUUCAGAUUCGCUAGACGACUACGAGUAUGAUCCUAUUACCAUGAGGAAAGUACCCAAGCUGAAGGCAACUCCCGAUACUGCCUCAUCAAAGCCUUUUCUAGAAUCUUUGUUCUCCGAGCAUGGAGUCGAUGUUCCGGUCAAGACUUAUAAGCCCCAUAAGGUAUUUGGAUAUGGAUCUAAUGAGAAACCGGCGCCUCCUGCGGGCGAUGCUGUCCAUACUUCUCCUGAACGAUGCUUCGGAAGCUCUCGAAAGUCUGAACUGGAGGAUCUCAUGUCAAGGGCAAAGGGCAAUAAUAUCGAUACCACAGCCCUAUACACAGAAGCUCUCCCUGAAAGCCAAACUCAAGUCAAGUCUGACACUACAACAGAACCAAGUAAACAUUCUAGAGCUUCUCCAGAACCAGACAGUGAUGCUCCGUUAUUCUCUGGAACAACCUACCAGGACAGAGCUCGACUCGAUCCGGACUCCCAGCCAAUGUCCAGCUGGCUUAUCAACGAAGGGUUCGAGUCUGAAGAUACAUCCUCACCAGAGGCUUCCUCGUCUGAAAAUGGUCCGAAGAGCAAGCUGACACCGGCACUUGAUCGCAUUCAGUCUGAAUUGGCACAAAGUACGGAUAAGGAACCAGCCAGACUCCAACCCUCACUUGACCGAUAUGCUUCCUCAUCGGCCAAAAGGUCUACUGCUAGCGAGGCAGAUGCGCGCCAGUAUCAAACCCUCAAAAUUGACUCUGAAAAUCUAGAAGAACAAGACAUUGAUCUCCUCCGUGCGAGUGAUGUUCGAGCAGCCACAAAAUCAGCACGACUCACCAAGCAAGACAUCGACCAGAGCAAACAGUCUACCAGGGUCAAGCUGGAAGCAAGUUUUAAGGACCAGCAGGCUGAGUCGGAGGCCAUUGCGGCACAGGUUCCACGCCCUGCUGGUAAGCUGUCCCAAGGAUUGAACAAUGCGUGGAAUCACAUCCGCCAGUAUCCUAGCGGUAUAGUCGCCAAAACUAUCAACUCCAUCCCAGCCUUGAAGGAGAAUUUCCAAAAAUCUGAGCGCGUCAGUCAAGCUUCAGAUCUCAAUGAAAAGUUGGUCUUCAAUCAGGACGCCCUCAACAGAACUCCUUCUAUCUAUAAACCAGUAAGACCGUCCAACUUGCGCACUUUUACGCCGAGCAAAGAGUAUGAAAAGGCGACUCUUGAGAGUUCCAGCAGAACUGAGUCACUCAAAGCUGCCGCGCAAAAGGCUAAACAGGAGGCUGAAGACACCAAUAAACAGCUCCUAAAAUUGGCGGCAGACAUCAAAGCUGUUUAUGAAGCCGAGUACGGUCCCAUCACGUCCAGACAUCGACAAGUCUCUUCUCCGGCCUCUAUAUCGCCCAAGGUAUCCAACAAUUCUGGCAUUGAUAAGACGACAGAAUCCAAGACUUCACAUCCACUGUCGACUGCAAGUGUGAAGCCUGGAGUUGUUACAAACUCAAUCAUCGACAAACAUAUCAACGAUUUCGAACCAAGAUAUGCAACGCUUGUUGACGAGAUGAAGAAGAGCAAAGCCGAUAUUCAGGCUUUGGAGGGACAGAUCACAUCGAUAAAGUCACAAAAGUCCACCAUUGAGCGACCCACUGAAGUCCCCCCUCCUAUUUUCACUGCACCAGGAUCUUCAGUGUGGAAUGAUGAACAGCCCCCGCCAAUUGAGACUCUUCGAACACUCUCCUUCACAUCCCCUUUCGUGGUACUCAAGUAUGACGCCCAGACCGCUCAGGUCGUGGCAACAGAAACAAGAAGCGGCUCGAAAUUCGACGGGGUUGCUCCUAUUGACCCUAUCAAGGCGCUAGCAAGACUUGACAACGCAUCUAGCUAUUUGCCACACUUCAGCAAUCUGGCUAGGUCUGGGUACGAGCUUUGCCAUGGCGGAAGCAAGGUACUCGUAUUUCGAAAGAAAGCGACCAAACCUUCGCCAUCUGCAAGCAAGACCACUGCUACUGUGACAAAUUCCCCUGCCUUACAGACUCCUCUAUCAGACCGAUCCUCUCAGGUCGGACCAUCUCAAGCAAAGGUGGCCGCCACAGUACUGGACGAGAUUCCCACAGAAGUUGUUCCACCGCCUGGCCCAGCAGCACCAACCGCUCCAUCAGCAUCAAAAUAUAAUAAUGUGGUGAACUCUCCACAGGUCCGACGGCAAGAGGACGUGUUUUCCGGGACCAUGCGAUCACCACGAGACGGGUCCUCUAGGUUCAACCCACCAUCUUCGAGCAGUCGACAAACACAGGAGGAUCCCGAGCCAGAGACGGACCGAGAUCCUGCCGUGUCUACGCAAAAUACUUCUAGCUUUGCUUUCAGGGCCAGGAGAGCUUUGCGGACGCUCAUUAUUUGGACGUCAGCGCUCAGUAUUGGAGCGUACGUGGUUGGGGUGGCUGCUGAAGGCAUUGGCGCACAAAGCCAGGCUCAAAUGGGAGUCCAUGACAGUAAUGCGCUAGGUCCGAGGAAGAGAGUCGUUCUACCAGCCCAGCAAGCUGAGAGACAGCGACCUGGCAUCUUCAGCACCGAAAGCUCAAGAUGAUCGAGGAGAACUGACGACCAUGCCUGAACCUUGGACACAGCCAACGAGGGGAGAAGGGAGGACAAGGAAGAGUGAAAAUCGAAGCUUGGAAAAGUUGACGAUUUGCUGAAUUUGGAUGACGCAGGCUGGAGUGAUUGGAAAGAAUGAACGAAUGAAUUAAUGCGCGAAAUAGUCCCCUCCUGCUUGAUUUCUUUCUUGUUGUUACCUAUGCCAGCCACUCCUGUUAUAUAUGAUUUGGCCAUGGAGUUAGGAAGAGAAUCUGUAUCAAUGAACCAAUUCUGCAUUUUCGUAUACA